AUAAAAAUGCCGGAUGAAAGCGGUCCUUUGCAGUUUACAAAAAUUAAGGAUUUUGCCACACACAACUACAAUACACGUCUGAAGGCAAGACGAACAGAUGACUCUCCUGUUCUGACAGAUCCCACUAGUCAAGCAGCUAAUUCCUCUUCUAAUCAAGAAGGUUCUGUCGCAGCCUCGUCUAAUCCUGAGGACACGACCUCAUCAUCAUCCUCGGGAGAACUUAAAACCAGAACGGCAGUUAGUCUGAUUCUCCUGAUUUUCCUUAGUUCUGGUCUAGCCAUGUUUCUAGUGUACUCUACCUUCCCUGACGUGAAUGCCGCGGAUCAAGAAAUAUUCAAGUUUCCUGCAGAUAUUGAAGAGGCUAAACGAUUAGGAGAACUACUCUCUAGGUAUACAGAUAAAUACUUUGCACAGGUGUACUUUGGCUUCCUCUGUACAUACAUAUUCCUGCAGACGUUUGCAAUCCCAGGUUCCAUUUUUCUGUCAAUCAUUUCCGGAUUCCUGUUCCCUUUCCCCCUAGCUCUCUUCACAGUAUGUUUCUGUUCAGCUACAGGGGCCUCGUUCUGCUACCUGCUAAGUUAUCUAGUUGGAAGACGACUUGUCCGAACCUAUAUACCGGACAGGGCUAACGACUGGUCAAAGAAGGUUGAUAAACAGAGGGAUAACCUGAUCUCGUAUAUUCUGUUUCUACGGAUUACUCCUUUCCUUCCAAACUGGUUUAUCAACAUCGUUUCUCCCGUCAUAGGUGUUCCCCUUGUUCCAUUUUGGGUCGGAUCUUUCUUUGGAGUAGCUCCACCAUCCUUUGUCUUCAUACAGGCUGGUACCGCCCUCCAGCAGCUUACCUCUACAAUGGACCCGAUAACUUUUGAAUCUGUUGGAUUACUCGUUGUUUUUGCUCUUCUAUCUCUAGUUCCCGUGUUCCUGAAGGACAGACUGAAAGCAAAAUUUGAAUGACUAAUGAGCCCACAGGGUUGCUUCGGAAAGUUCAAUUUGCGAACAAGACGUGUUGACGUACAAAACACAAGCCCGGAAGUCGGAACCAAUUUUAGUCAAGAACUGCACCAGACUCCAGAAUCAAGUCAGACUUUAAGUCAAGAUGUACAUUUAGAUCUGAAUGUGUCCCAGAAUCAGAAUCCAGACUCUGACCAAUAUGUAUUUAAUGAACAAUCCGACCAGACUCCAGAAUCCAACCUCAACACGGGGAGGUCUGAAUCCAGCCUCAGGUCCGAUAAAGAAGACCGGAGGUCAUUGACCUCGGCUGGGAAACAAUAUAUGACCUCGGUCAAGCUUGAGAUGUUCCGUCAAGGAUCAAGAAACUCCUUCACUAGAUUCGAUCUCCCGACCCCCACCGACUAUAUGUCGGAUGACCCUGACCUCAUGAGGUCAACUCAGAUGAAAAGAUCCACGCUUCGAGGCCAGAGGUCUUUGGACAGUCAAAAUGUGAUUUCUAGUCAAAAGAAAAAGUCGAUAAGGAGGAAAAAGAAACAAAUGUCAAGAUCUAUUAUGGGGGAUUAAACAAUCUUCCUUCAAAGCUUAUCUUUGGGAUUUAACAUUCAACUUGAGAAUUUAACAUUCAUCUUGAGAAUUUAACAUUCAUCUUGAGAAUUUAACAUUCAUCUUGAGAAUUUAUCAUUCAACUUGAGGAUUUAACAUUCAUCUUGAG